CCGCCCGCCCGCCGGCACUCGGUCGCGCGGCGGAGCGGGCAUGGGAGCCGCACGCGCCCUCCCGGCGCCCACACCUGUCUGAGGCGCAGCGAGCGCGGCCCCGGAGGGCCGCUGGGCGCGGAGUGGUGCUCAGCAUGGCAGGGGCUCCAGGGCUCCUCUUCCUCCUCCUCCUCCUCCUCCUCUGUGCUGUCGGCCAGGUGAGCCCCUACAGUGUCCACUGGAAACCCACUUGGCCUGCUUACCGCCUCCCUGUGGUCUUGCCCCAGUCCACCCUCAACUUAGCCAAGCCCGACUUUGAAGCUGAAGCCAAAUUGGAAGUGACCUCCUCAUGUGGACCCCAGUGUCAUAAAGGAAACCCACUGCCUACUUACAAUGAGGCCAAGCAGUACCUGUCCUAUGAAACGCUCUAUGCCAACGGCAGCCGCACGGAGACGCAGGUGGGCAUUUAUGUCCUCAGCAGUGGCAGGGGUGAGUCCUCAGGAAGGUCUCGGAGGAAGCGGCAGAUUUAUGGCUACGACAGCAGAUUCAGCAUUUUUGGGAAGGACUUCCUGCUCAACUACCCCUUCUCAACCUCGGUGAAGUUAUCUACAGGCUGCACGGGCACGCUGGUGGCAGAGAAGCAUGUCCUCACAGCUGCCCACUGCAUACAUGAUGGGAAAACCUAUGUAAAAGGAACCCAGAAACUUCGAGUGGGCUUCCUGAAGCCCAAGUUUAAAGAUGGUGGUCGAGGGGCCAACAGUUCAACCUCAGCUGUGCCAGAGAAGAUGAAAUUUCAGUGGAUCCGGGUGAAACGCACCCAUGUGCCCAAGGGUUGGAUCAAGGGCAAUGCUAACGACAUUGGCAUGGAUUAUGACUAUGCCCUCCUGGAACUCAAAAAACCCCACAAAAGAAAGUUCAUGAAGAUUGGGGUAAGCCCUCCCGCCAAGCAGCUGCCAGGGGGCAGAAUCCACUUCUCUGGCUAUGACAACGAUCGACCAGGCAAUUUAGUGUACCGCUUCUGUGAUGUCAAAGAUGAGACCUAUGACCUGCUCUACCAGCAGUGUGAUGCCCAGCCCGGGGCCAGUGGGUCAGGAGUCUACGUGAGGAUGUGGAAGAGGCAGCAGCAGAAGUGGGAGCGAAAAAUUAUUGGCAUCUUUUCAGGGCACCAGUGGGUGGACAUGAAUGGUUCUCCACAGGAUUUCAAUGUGGCUGUUAGAAUCACUCCUCUCAAAUAUGCCCAGAUUUGCUAUUGGAUUAAAGGAAACUACCUGGAUUGUAGGGAGGGGUGACACCAUGACCCUUUCUGGUGGUGCUUAAUGGUCUUUGUCUGCUUAUUUGAGGAGAGGCCAAAAUUUGUCACUGGUGUGUGUGUGUGUGUGUGUGCGUGCGCGUGUGUGUAUGUGUGCAAUGCAUCAUAUCUUUUAUCUAAUUUUUAAAAAUUACAAGAUGACUGGCUUUAUUAUUUGGAAAUUGGGUUGUGUAUCAUGUAUCAUUUAAGCAGAUUGAAGGCAUAUUUUUGCAUAGAAAUAAACAUACUGAUGUUUGGGGCAAUAGGGAAUAUUUAGAGAUUAAGUUAAUCUUUCACUUUUUGAGAACCUUGAUGUUUAUUUCAUCUGAACUUGUUUCAAAGAUUUAUAUUAAAUAUGUGUCAUAUGAGAGAUAUAAAUUCUUAAAGCCUUA